GUGCGUUUGCUCGCUUAGGCAGGUGCUUGGGGCUGCUCGUCAUGUCUGGCCGCGGAAAGCAAGGCGGGAAGGUGCGGGCCAAGGCCAAGUCUCGCUCUUCUCGGGCGGGGCUGCAGUUCCCGGUCGGGCGGGUGCACCGGCUGCUGCGCAAGGGGAACUACGCGGAGCGGGUGGGAGCCGGCGCCCCCGUGUACCUCGCCGCGGUGAUGGAGUACCUGACCGCGGAGAUCUUGGAGCUGGCUGGCAACGCCGCCCGCGACAACAAGAAAACCCGCAUCAUCCCCCGCCACUUGCAGCUGGCCGUGCGCAACGACGAGGAGCUGAACAAGCUGCUGGGGGGAGUCACCAUCGCCCAGGGCGGGGUCCUGCCCAACAUCCAGGCGGUGCUGCUGCCCAAGAAAACCGAGAGCCACAAAGCCAAGGGCAAGUGAGCGUGGAUACCCACCCCCCCUAAAACCAAAGGCUCUUUUAAGAGCCACCCACAAUUUCAGAAAGAGCUGGGAAUCGCUCCCUGUCUUGGGGAGGUAGGGGUAGCUCGGGAAAACGUUGUCUACUCUUUUGGUAUCCCCCAUAUGACACUUUUUUUCAGAAACCUUGUCCUGGUUUUGCACUAAUCAGAUCCCUGAGCCACACAUUGGGGGCGGUAGGGAAAAUGCUGCUUCUUCUCCUUUGUCCUUCUCAUAGCACAAACUUCUGAAACCCUGUUCCCGUUUGGCACUAACCAGAUCCUAGAGCUGCACAGGUGAGUGAGCAGUUGCAGCUUCUGCCGCUCUACCCCUUCCAACGAAUGAAUCCUAGAGUUUUCAAGCAGAGCAACCCCCACCCAGGAACAAAACGUUUAGAACUCCCAAAAGGCAGUUUUUGGGUUCACUUGUGCUGUGCUGUGCAGUUUGAUUAUUUUCAUCUGGGAUCCCUGUGCUGAGGUGCUUAUAAGCAUCACAGCCCGCAAACAUUGGCCUAAGUGUCUUUCCUAAAACCACACAGAAAAUUGAUAGUCAAGAUGGGAAAGGAACUAGUCACCUGGAACUCCAGCUGUGUUUUAAGCCCUGGACUAAGGCUACCUGGCAAAGGAAAAGUGUAAUUCACAACAGCUGUUGGUCUCAGCAUUGCAAGAAAUAUGAAUUAAUUUGUCACAAGUUUAUCUGGCUAGUUGGCAUGUUACUUUUUGUUUUACUGGAUUUUAUGCAUUACUUUUGUCCGCUGUAGGCAAAGUUAUCUGGCAGGGCGUUUGAUACAUUCAAGUUAAAUAAUUACUAGGGACAAUUAAUUGUAAGGGCGGCAACUUUCUCAAGUAGCUGUUCCCUAUUUUGCUACUUUCAGACUGAUCAAAUCACCCCUUAACCUUGUCUUUAUUAACCUAAAUAGAUUGAGCUCCCUGGGUCUACCACUGGGGAGAAAAAUUAUGCUAUUAUACAGAAAGUGUGUCUAGCCAUUGUAUGCAGUCUUAAAGAUUUGCAGCUAUGUUUACAUGGUAAGAAGUUACUGUGGACGCAGACCAUUCACUCCUCAUAUGGUUACAUUACAUGUAGAAAUCUGAUACUAAACUCUUAUGCUAGAAUCUGGAACUCCAGAAUUAUGAUAUGGAACUAUCCUAUAGCAAAGAGAAUGAGGGUACAAUUUCUGCUACUCUGUCAACCCUAGAUCAGAUGUGUUCCAUUAAAAGUAAAGGGGAGGUGUGUGUGUGGCGUGACAGAUGAGAGAGAUUUCUAAGAACACAGCAGGAAGAGGAGAGGUACACAAUACAAAAACCAGGGUCCACCCAAGGAAAUUAAUAUUCAGCAUGUUUAAUACAAAUAAGAGAAAGUACUUUUCCCACACAACAUGCAGCUAAUCCAGUGCCAUGGGAUGUUGUGCUGCCCAAAAGCAUAACUUGGGGGUCAGAAAAGAACUGAAUACAUGCAGGGAAGAUAGGCCUGUCAGUACAGCGUUUCUCAAAUGCAGACAGUGGGGGCUAUUUUUGCAGCCACAGCCUCCUGGGCUGUGAUUCGGGGAGGGAACAAAGCACUGGCCGUCUGCCAGCAGGGGUUGAGCUCUGCCCCCUCUGAAGACACAAAUGCUGGAGGUGCAGGCAGCUGGUGACUUUCCCGGUGGGGGGAGCAGACUUCAGCUUCAGGCUCCAUCCAUGUGAUGGCAGGCUCUGGCCCCAGGCUCACCAUCCCCGCCAUGGUCCCUGGGCCCCACUGCCUCCUUGCCCAUCUCCCCAUCCAGGGCUUAAUUUGUCCCAGGGCUUGCUCGGGCUGAGUAAGGUUUCUGCUGUGUUUCAUAUUCUCUGUGUGUAUAUAAAGUCUGCUGCAGUUUCCACGGUAUACAUCUGAUGAAGUGAGCUGUAGCUCACGAAAGCUCAUGCUCAAAUAAAUUGGUUAGUCUCUAAGGUGCCACAAGUACUCCUUUUCUUGUUUCUGCUGUGAAAAGUGAUAUUUGUAUGUUUGUUAAUAUCACUUUUCACAGCACCAGACUUACUAGCAGCAAAUCUUUUUUUUUUUUUUGAAGCAACCAAAAAAGGAAAAGAAACAACAACUGACAAGAACAUGCAGAGCGCCUUAUUUGUGUUUCUAUUCUGUUUAGGGCCAGUAAAGAAUAGAGAUAAUUUGCACAGUAUUUUUAUGUCCCAAUCUGAAAAACCCUACAUAAAUAAAUUACGAUUUGGACCAUGUAUAUGUGCAUAUUUAUUUAUUCUAAAGUUAAUUAAGUAUUUCAGGAAAAAUUGUCAGCGUGGCCACCAGCAAGAAUUGGUGGCCAUACUCCGUGGCCACCAAAAAAUUUGUUGGGAGAACCCCUGCACUAGUGGCUCCAGGUGACCCUAACCCUCUGACUACCAUGAGCCAGGAAUGGAAGCCAGGGUAGAUUACUCUGGGAUUGCCCUGUUCUGUACACUCCCUCCUGAAGCUCUAGUAUGGACCACUUUCAGGGAUAGGAUAUUGAGCAAAAUGGACCAUAGUCUGACCCAGUGUGGCAGCUUUUAUGUUCUUGUUACUGUCAUUCUGGGUGGUCACAGUUACAGAGGGGACUACAUUUUGAGAAAUACAGGGUUUCUUCUUUUCCAUUUUUGUUUUUAACUGAAGUAAGAGGAGCUAUUCUAUAGGGUUUGGCAAAGUGUGUAGUUUAGGCGUGUUUUGGAAAGCAUAUUGAUUUUACUGUGCUUCCAUUUAAAAGGCCUGGGCUUUCUCUCACUAGGGAUGUGGGGUAAACAGAAAAUCCCACUCAGAACCUAAACUUUGUUGUGUGUUACUUCGGUUCUGAGAUGACUUCAGAAUGUUUUUACCUUAACUCUGUUAUUUACAUCACUUUGGCUUGGAGCAAAUCCAGCUCUUUCCAUGCAGCCAGGGAAGGGCUUUUAAAGAUGGAACAUUUACUUUGUGGGUAUGGCUGAGGGUUCAACCCCCCCAAACCCAUGUAAGGUGCGACCUUGAUGUUUCAAUGUAUACACCACAUCCAUGGCCUUCACGGUGUUUCUCUUCGCACAGUAAUUCUCAAACGUUUGUACUGGUGAUCCCUUUCACAUAGCAAGCCUCUGAGUGUGACCCUCCCUUAUAAAUUAAAAACACUUUUAAAUAUAUUUAACACCAUUAUAAAUGCUGGAGGCAGAGUGGGAUUUGGGGUGGAGGCCGACAGCUCAUGACCCCACCCCCCAUGUAAUUACCUCACAACCCCCUGAGGGGUCCCAAUCCCCAGUUUGAGAACCCCUGUCUUGGCAUGUUCUGAGUGGAUCACGUUUGCCAGGAAAACCUUGAGCCCUAGAGUUUCUUCAUGCAUUACAGUUGCCAACUCGGCUUGAAGCUAUUCCAAGAGAUUUCCCCGCCAACAUGACAAUAUCAUUUCCUUAAAAUAUCCUACUAAAAUCUCGCAAAUUGCUUUCAAUACUCACCAGGAGAUCGAUGCCGAUUCCUGGAGAAUUGGCCACCCUAAUUAGCCUUGAGAUGACCUUCACACCCCACCCCCAUGUGUGGCAAGAAAGACACACUCAGGUUUGCCAAUACCCUAAAUAUUGGACAAUAAUCCAGAUUCCCUCCGAAUUUUGCGGUGCCCCGUCCCGACCAGAGGAAAAACGGAGAGGGAACAAGAUGGGCAGGAGAACUACCUACCUGUAUCAGAGUAGCAGCUGUGUUAGUCUGUAUUUGCAAAAAGAAAAGGAGUACUUGUGGCACCUUAGAGACUAACCAAUUUAUUUGAGCACAAGCUUUUGUGAGCUAGAGCUCACUUCACUGGAUGCAUAAAAGUGGAAAAUGCAGUGAGGAUGUUUUUAUACACACAGAUUGUGAAAAAAUGGGUGUUUAUCACUUCAAAAGGUUUUCUCUCCCCCCACCCCACUCUCCUGCUGGUAAUAGUUUAUCUAAAGUAAUCACUCUCCUUACAAUGACAGGUUUCAGAGGAACAGCCGUGUUAGUCUGUAUUCGCAAAAAGAAAAGGAGUA